GCGUUGUCGGCAAAGUCGCAGUGUGCGCUUCUACUGCGAGAAUUUAGCUACUGCGCUGGCUUUGUUGCCGCUUUCGGACGGAUUUGAUAUAAAAUAAUCAUAAUAAGAAUUUCUAGUGCACAGUCAGAUUCUGAUUCUGAGCGCGGCGGGUGGCGCACACACAAUUCUGUGGACUUGUGAAAAUUUUAUAUGAAAAAAAAUUUGCUUUGCUUAUUGAAGAAUAAAUAAAAAUAAGAAUUCUUACAUUCAACGCUUUCCAAAAAUGUUCCACCCAACACUGAAGUAUUGCUUACUGCUUGGCGCAUUAUCGCUGCACAUGUAUCACCCUGUGCUAACACAACGCACCUCCUUGGAUGUGACAUUUCGUGACUUAUAUCGACCGUUACGUUUGCUUGGCUUGAAUUUUGCCGGACGUUCCGGUGAUAAUCCGGAUAAUCGUCAACUAGUGCGUGAUAUGGGCAAAACACAAAAUCUCAACACACGCGCACGUUCUUUGGUGAAUUUUUGUGAUGCGCUAAAUGGUCCCGGCAAACGCAGUGAGCGGCGACCUAACUCGGUGCAUCGUUUACGACCCGGCGAUAUCGAUGUUAUAGGCGCUAUGGGUGAUUCGCUAACAGCUGGUAAUGGCAUUUUUGCGACAAAUUUAUUGCAUGUCACUGUAGAAAAUCGUGGCAUGGUAUGGAGUAUUGGUGGGCAAGGCACUUGGCGACAAUAUCUAACGCUGCCAAAUAUACUUAAGGAGUUCAAUCCGAACUUGUAUGGGUAUUCGUUGAAAGAUGGACUUUCAACUGAUAGAAGUUCAAAGUUCAACGUCGCUGAGUUGGGUGCAAUGUCAAGAGACAUACCAUACGAAGCACAGGUGCUCGUGAAACGCAUGUCACGUGAUCCUAAAGUGAAUAUGACCGAAGAUUGGAAACUCAUUACCAUGCUCAUUGGUAAUAAUGACUUUUGCUCAGAUGUUUGCUAUUUACCACGUCCGGAGGAUGCAAUUAAAAAGCACGAAGAAAAUAUGGUGAAGACUUACCGUUAUCUGCGUGAUAACGUGCCACGUUUAAUGAUAAAUGUAGUGCCAUCACCGAAACUAGACUUCCUAGUCGGUUUGAGUAUGAAAACACCAAUUUGCCAUACAACUUUAUCAUUCGAAUGUCCGUGUUUGGUGGGUAAGCCGAAACAGCAUGUUAACCGUAUGAAACAGUUGAUGAAAAAAUGGAUUGAGAAGGAUAGAGAGAUAGUGAAUAGGGAUGAGUUUAAUACUGAGACUUUUACAAUUAAUAUGCAGCCGUUUACACUUUUCGGAGAUUUUUUUCCCAACAGCGAUGAUGCGGUAAAAUUUAAAUUUCUCUCCGAGGAUUGCUUCCACUUGAGCCAGCGCGGUCAUGCGAUUAGCGCCAAUUAUCUUUGGAAUAAUAUGUUGGAACCAAAUGGUGAGAAAAGUAUAAUGGAUGAGCCUACGCUAAUGGAGAAAUUUCACUGCCCAACAGAACAACGCCCCUAUUUGAUGACACGUGUUAAUAGCGAUAGAAAUUUUCUAGUGUAAUUUUCAAUAUUCAACUUAACCACACAUUUGCGGUCACGUUUUAUUGAUUGAAAUUCAAAAGUAUGUAGUCGGAUAGGAAAGUAUAAUUUAUUAAUUAAAGACUGUGAUAAUUUAACUGUAUUAUCUAUCUAACUUUUAAUACACAUUUACAUAUUUAUAUGUGUACAUAUGCAUAAGUAAGUAAUUAGUAUGUCAAUUAU